AUAGGAAUGAGAGAGAAAGAGAGAUAGAGAUAAGACUCACAUAUAUAUAUAGAGAGAGAGAGAGAUCCGUACAAGCAACGUGAAGGACGAACAUCGCCAACUAUUUUCCUUUGUCUAGCUAAGACGAAAUUCAAAUUUUCACACCAUUUUCCAUUUGGUUGAUUUUUUAAUCUUCAAAAUCAAACUUUUUAUAUUUAUGUAUAUGGAUCAUAGUCAAUUUUCCCAAGUCCAGAAUCCGUAUGUUGGCGUGAGUGUCGAAACGGGUUUGGGCUGCGGGGAUCGGAAUCCUCAAUGGAGCAGCGAAGAAACCCGGGAUUUGCUGGCGAUUCGGGGCCACCUCGACCCGACUUUCAUGGAAACCAAGCGCAAUAAGCUUCUCUGGGAACUGGUUUCGACCCGGAUGAACCAAAUCGGGUACAACCGGACCCCGAUCCAGUGCAAAUGCAAGUGGAAAAACCUCGUCACACGAUACAAGGGAUGUGAAACAAUGGAAGAAGUGGAGAUGAGAGAAAGGGCAUUCCCAUUUUACAAUGAGAUGCAAAUCAUAUUCAACGCGAGAAUGCAACGAAUGAUGUGGCAGGAGGUGGAGGGCGGCGCCAUCUCUCCGCAAAUGGUGUCGAAGGCGGCGAAUUCAGGCUGCAGCAGCGGGAAUUCAUCGCCGGUGGUGGAUGGAUUGAAGGAGAUGAUGGAGGAAUUCAUGAGGCAGCAGAUGGAGUUGGAGAUGCAGUGGAUAAAAGCUUAUGAGGAGAGAGAGGAAAGGAGGAGAGAGAGGGAGAUGGAGUGGAGGCAGAGAAUGGAGGCGUUGGAGAGUGAGAGGCUGAUGAUGAUUAGUUGGUGGAGAGAGAGAGAGGAAGAGAGGAAGAUGAGAGAGGAAGCUAGGGCUGAGAGGAGGGAUGCUCUUCUUACGGCUCUCUUGGACAACCUCACAAGAGGAGCCAUCUAAUGUAACCAUUUGCGACCAACCCCUCUUCUAUCCAUUUUAAUUAAAUUGGGUUCUAUUAAUUUCAUGAUUUCCAAAUUAUACUACAUGUACAUGUUAUUUACAUAUAUAACAUGUAUUCGGAUGGGAUUUUAUUUGGUAGAAAUAAAUUAUUAUUUGAGGGUCGUCUUGUUCUUGGGAAUGUGCUCAUGUAGCUACUAAUUAUGAUGAAUAUUAAGUACUAUUAGUGUUU